AUGGCGACAGUGGGCGGUAAUCGUGCAGAGCGCUUUGGUCAUCCUAGUUUUUCAAAGUCCUCUCUUGCUUCUCCGGAGAAAGUGCGUGAGCUCUUGAAUGAAGGGGUGUCCUCAACUGACAACGCGGCCAAAAGUGAAGGGGAUGCAAAUGUGGACGUUGGGAGUGGCCAAGCACCAUGUGAAGCAACAAACAAAGAAGCAUUCUUUUCUAGAGUUGAGUCCUACUCCUGUCUGAAAUGGGCAGGAAAACCUCGCUCCUUGUCCCCACUGAUCUGCGCGCGCUACGGCUGGAUCAACGUUAGCUGCGACAUGCUCAAGUGCUCCAGCUGCCAGGCUUUUCUGAGCGCAACUUUACAGCCAACUCUAGACUUUGAAAAAUAUGAAUCGCGCAUUGCAGACAUUUCUAGACAACUUCAAACACAGCAUGAAAAGUUUUGUCCGUGGCCAGAUUUCCCAUGUCCUGAGCGGAUUUGGCUGGUCCCUGCCUGCGAGCCGCCAGCUCUUUUGGCCACUUUCAUGGAGCGCUUUCACAGCACUUGCCUCCUCGCACAGCAGCUUCCAGCUUUGAAACCAGAACAACUCAAAUCCAUGUCUUUGACUGAGGAUGUUGUCAGUGUUAUAUUACAACUAAUUGAAGAAGAACAAAAACGAAAGGGGCAAAGCCCUUGUUCUGAACCUCUGGCAGUUCAGGUGGCUGCAUGUAUUGUGGCACUGUGUGGAUGGGCAACAAGCCCAGUCCAGCGUACCACGAGCCUACCCAUCCUCACCUGUUCAUACUGCAAACGAAAAGUGGGCUUGUGGAACUUUCACCAAAUGGGGGAAGUGUCUGGAGACGUCGAGCCUGUUCCCAACCCUGUGGGCUCGUCUGGAGCCACCAGUCCAGCUCCAGUCACACCGGAGGGCCAGGAGGACGGCGCUUUCCCAGCAACCACAGCCACUACCCCGUGUCGUAUGAAGCUGCGGAGCCAAGACACGGGCCGCACCGACAUGGGUGAUGCACUGCGCGCCAAAAGCAGAGACUCCUCCAGCCCGACCGAGGAUACACCAAGUCCCAGAGGAAAGAGGCCCGCAAGCCGCAGUAAAGCCCAGGGAGACGCUCAACCCUCCACUAAGCGCCUGUGCCUGUCAUCAGCUGGUCCUGAUGAGCUGCUGCACAGGUCUGUGUUCGACCCCCUGGCUCAGCACAGAGACUGGUGCCCUUGGGUGGCAGUGGGGAAGGAGAACGUAGAGCCAGGAUCCAUCCCCCUGCUGGACUACAGCUCGCAUCAGCAGGGCUGGAAGGCUGCUCUGGAUCUGCUCAUUCCCCUAAAGAAGAAUGGGAAUGCCUGCGGAGCUAGUCCUGCACAGGCUCGUGACAAGUCUAAAAGAGUAUUUGCUAUAUUUCGACAAUGGCAGGAAAAAAAUGUGAAGAAGGACUGGUGUGAGACUCCAGCGCAGCAGGGGCUAGCUUUCUCUGUACUAACAGGUGUUCUGCGGAAGAAACAGAAAAACAUGUCGUCUCCAAGUCCGGGCAAACGGCGAAUGGACACCGAUGUGGUGAAACUCAUCGAAAGUAAGCACGAAGUUACCAUCCUCAGCGGACUCAAUGAAUUUGUAGUGAAGUUUUUCGGACCACAGGGGACGCCGUACGAGGGAGGCGUGUGGAAGGUGCGAGUAGAUCUUCCAGAUAAAUACCCUUUCAAAUCACCGUCGAUAGGAUUCAUGAACAAGAUAUUUCAUCCCAACAUCGAUGAAGCAUCAGGGACAGUGUGCUUAGAUGUCAUCAACCAGACGUGGACAGCCCUCUACGAUCUGACCAACAUCUUCGAGUCCUUCUUGCCCCAGCUGCUGGCGUACCCUAACCCCAUUGACCCGCUGAAUGGAGAUGCCGCCGCCAUGUACCUGCACAAGCCCGAGGAGUACAAGCAGAAGAUCAAAGAGUACAUCCAGAAAUAUGCAACGGAGGAGGCCCUAAAGGAGCAGGAGGAGGGCGCAGGCGACUCCUCCUCCGAAAGUUCCAUGUCGGAUUUCUCAGAGGACGAGGCCCAGGACAUGGAGUUGUGCUUGGCUGCAUCGCGUAGGGCAGACAGGGUGGGCGCUGUUGCUGUGCUGUCUCCAGUCUUUGGUCCUCCUCCAUUCGUAGCUGGAUCUGUGUACACCGCGCAGGCCCGGACCAGCGCAGCCGCUCUGAGUCAGUUUUCCCUGCAUUGA